GACCGCUCCGGCCGUGUCCGCCGCCGCUUCCCGCAUCCUCUCCCGCCGCCGCCGCCUUCGCUUCUCACCAUGUGUAAGGCGGCGGGGAGCCCCGCCUGAGGUGUCCUAAACACACUAUGACCGCUCCCGAAAAGCCCGUGAAACAAGAGGAAAUGGCUGCCUUGGACGUGGACAGCGGCGGCGGCGGCGGCGGCGGCGGCCAUGGAGAGUAUCUGCAGCAGCAGCAGCAGCAGCAGCAACAGCAGCAGCAGCAGCAGCAGCAGCAGCACGGAAACGGCGCGGCGGCGGCGGCCCAGGACACUCAGCCGUCACCGCUCGCUCUGCUGGCCGCUACCUGCAGCAAGAUAGGGCCGCCAUCGCCGGGCGACGACGACGAGGAGGCGGCCGCUGCUGCCGCCGCCGGGGCCGCCGGGGCCCCCGCCGCCGCCGCCGCCGCCCCCGCCCCCGCCGCCGGAGCGACAGGUGAUUUGGCUUCCGCACAGUUAGGAGGAGCACCAAACCGAUGGGAGGUUUUGUCAGCCACUCCUACAACUAUAAAAGAUGAAGCUGGUAAUCUAGUACAGAUUCCAGGUGCUGCUACUUCAAGUGGGCAGUAUGUCCUUCCCCUUCAGAAUUUGCAGAAUCAACAAAUAUUUUCAGUUGCACCAGGAUCAGAUUCAUCAAAUGGUACAGUGUCCAAUGUUCAGUAUCAAGUAAUACCACAGAUUCAGUCAACAGAUGCCCAGCAGGUUCAGAUUGGCUUCACAGGCUCCUCAGAUAAUGGGGGUAUAAAUCAAGAAAGCAGUCAAAUUCAGAUCAUUCCUGGCUCUAAUCAAACCUUACUUGCCUCUGGAACACCUCCUGCUAAUAUCCAGAAUCUCAUACCACAGACUGGUCAAGUCCAGGUUCAGGGAGUUGCAAUUGGUGGUUCAUCAUUUCCCGGCCAAACUCAAGUAGUUGCUAAUGUGCCUCUUGGUCUGCCAGGAAAUAUUACUUUUGUACCAAUCAAUAGUGUCGAUCUAGAUUCUUUGGGACUCUCGGGAGGUUCUCAGACAAUGACUGCAGGCAUUAAUGCCGAUGGACAUUUGAUAAACACAGGACAAGCUAUGGAUAGUUCAGACAAUUCAGAAAGGACUGGUGAGCGAGUUUCUCCUGAUGUUAAUGAAACUAAUACAGAUACAGAUUUAUUUGUGCCAACAUCCUCUUCAUCACAGUUGCCUGUUACGAUAGAUAGUACAGGUAUCUUACAACAAAACACAAAUAGCUUGACUGCUUCUAGUGGGCAAGUCCAUUCUUCAGAUCUUCAGGGAAAUUAUAUCCAGUCGCCUGUUUCUGAAGAGACACAGGCUCAGAAUAUUCAGGUUUCUACAGCACAGCCUGUUGUACAACAUCUACAACUUCAAGAUUCUCAGCAGCCAACUAGUCAAGCCCAGAUUGUGCAAGGUAUUACACCACAGACAAUCCAUGGUGUGCAAGCCAGUGGUCAAAAUAUAUCUCAACAGGCUUUGCAAAACCUUCAGUUGCAACUGAAUCCUGGAACCUUUUUAAUUCAGGCACAGACAGUGACCCCUUCUGGACAGAUAACCUGGCAAACAUUUCAAGUACAAGGGGUCCAGAACUUGCAGAAUUUGCAAAUACAGAAUACCGCUGCCCAACAAAUAACUUUGACGCCUGUUCAGACACUCACGCUUGGUCAAGUUGCAGCAGGUGGAGCGUUGACUUCAACUCCAGUUAGUCUAAGCACUGGUCAGUUGCCAAAUCUACAGACAGUUACAGUAAAUUCUAUAGAUUCUACUGGUAUACAGCUACAUCCAGGAGAGAAUGCUGACAGCCCUGCAGAUAUUAGGAUCAAGGAAGAAGAGCCUGAUCCUGAAGAGUGGCAGCUCAGUGGUGAUUCUACAUUGAAUACCAAUGACCUAACACACUUAAGAGUCCAAGUGGUAGAUGAAGAAGGGGACCAACAACAUCAAGAAGGAAAAAGACUUCGGAGGGUAGCGUGCACCUGUCCCAACUGUAAAGAAGGUGGUGGGAGAGGUACCAAUCUUGGGAAGAAGAAGCAACACAUUUGUCAUAUACCAGGAUGUGGUAAAGUCUACGGGAAAACCUCACAUUUGAGAGCGCAUCUACGUUGGCAUUCUGGGGAGCGCCCUUUUAUUUGUAACUGGAUGUUCUGUGGUAAAAGAUUUACACGAAGUGAUGAAUUACAAAGGCACAGAAGAACACAUACAGGUGAGAAGAAGUUUGUUUGUCCAGAAUGUUCAAAACGUUUUAUGAGAAGUGACCACCUUGCCAAACAUAUUAAAACACAUCAAAAUAAAAAAGUUAUUCACUCUAGCAGUACAGUGCUGGCAUCUGUGGAAGCUGGGAGAGAUGACACCUUGAUUACUGCAGGAGGAACAACACUUAUCCUUGCAAAUAUCCAACAGGGGUCUGUUUCAGGGAUAGGAACUGUCAAUGCCUCUGCCACCAGCAAUCAAGACAUCCUUACCAACACUGAGAUACCUUUACAGCUUGUCACCGUUUCUGGAAAUGAGACAAUGGAGUAAAUAUUACACAAAUACUUAUUCAUUGUGGUUAUUUUUAUACAGUAGUGAGAAGAAUAUUGUUCCUAAGUUCUUAGAUAUCUUUUUAUUGAUGUGCAAAAAUUUUUGGAUUGACAGUAACUUGGUUAUACAUGACACUGAAAUGCCUUACUUUGUAUGAUAUUCCAUAGUAUAUUAAAAAUGGUAAAAUUGCAUGGGUUUUGUAGGUACUUUUGGAAUCUAGAAGAAAUGAAAUUUUACCAAGUUAUAUAAAGAGAAAAUUGAAUUUAACAAUGCGAAUGGUAGUCUAACCAAAUGCAUCAAUCCUGUGUGGUUUAGUGUAAAAAUGAGAAACUGUUGGUAUUUAUCUAUUGUAAGAUAAAAAAAAGUUGGUGGGUGAAAGAAAUCAUGUUAUGAUAAAUUUUUGUAAUUUUCUUGAUGACUGGAAUUUUUAUUAUGCAUAACUGACAAAUCAAGUUUCCAAGCAAAUGUUACAUAGUGUAGGCUUUACUUAGCUUAUCAAUUUGUCAUUUUGAAGCUAAUUAUUUUAAUUAGGUUAACUGUACAAUAUUUUAAGCAUUACUCUUGUAAGAUUUUGAAAACUACAUUUUAACAUGGACCUUUAGGGAUAGUCACCUUUUAAAUCCUGUUGAAAAGCCAUGUUUAAGAUUUAAUUUGCCAAAAUAAUGUCUUGUUAAUAUUCUUUCAAUAAUGAAGUUGGGCAAUAUAACCGAUGUUUUUAAAAAGUUUAAAAUGUGUAGGUUGAGGCAUUUGGGUGGUAAGAAAAUGUUCUAGUGAAUUACCCCUUUUCCUGAAGUUUGGAGGACCAAAAAAUAAUAAUAAUAAUAAGGUGUAUUGAGUCUUAGC